AUGUCUGCUGCUGAAACUAAUCAAAUUCAAGAAUCUUUGGAAAAAUUGAACAUUUCCGAAGAACAACAACAACAACCAGUUGCUGCUACCACUGAACAAUCAGCUGAAGAACAAGGUGAUUCUUCUGGUGUUGCUGAAAACUCCGCUUCUUUGUACGUUGGUGAAUUGAACCCAUCUGUUAACGAAGCUACUUUGUUUGAAAUCUUUUCUCCAAUUGGUCAAGUUUCAUCCAUUAGAGUUUGUCGUGAUGCUGUUUCUAAGAAAUCUUUAGGUUACGCUUACGUCAACUACCACAAAUUCGAAGAUGGUGAAAAAGCCAUUGAAGAAUUGAACUACACCCCAAUCGAAGGUAGACCUUGUCGUAUUAUGUGGUCUCAAAGAGACCCAUCUGCUAGAAGAUCUGGUGAUGGUAACAUUUUCAUCAAGAACUUGCACCCAGCUAUUGACAACAAAGCUUUGCACGAUACUUUCUCCGCUUUCGGUAAGAUUUUGUCUUGUAAAGUUGCUACUGAUGAAUUGGGUCAAUCCAAAUGUUUCGGUUUUGUCCAUUAUGAAACCGCUGAAGCUGCUGAAGCCGCUAUCGAAAACGUCAACGGUAUGUUGUUGAAUGACCGUGAAGUUUUCGUUGGUAAACACAUCUCCAAGAAGGACCGUGAAUCCAAAUUUGAAGAAAUGAAAGCCAACUUCACCAACAUCUACGUCAAGAACAUUGACUUGGCCUACACCGAAGAAGAAUUUGAAAAAUUGUUUGCUCCAUACGGUAAGAUUACUUCUAUCUACUUGGAAAAAGACCAAGAUGGUAAAUCUAAAGGUUUCGGUUUCGUCAACUUUGAAGAACACGAUGCUGCUGUUAAAGCCGUUGAAGAAUUGAACGACAAAGAAAUCAACGGUCAAAAGAUUUACGUUGGUAGAGCCCAAAAGAAGAGAGAAAGAAUGGAAGAAUUGAAGAAACAAUACGAAGCCAUCAGAUUGGAAAAAUUGGCCAAAUACCAAGGUGUUAACUUGUUUGUCAAGAACUUGGAUGACUCUAUUGAUUCUGAAAAAUUAGAAGAAGAAUUCAAACCAUUCGGUACUAUUACUUCUGCUAAAGUUAUGGUUGAUGACGCUGGUAAAUCCAAGGGUUUCGGUUUCGUUUGUUUCACCACUCCAGAAGAAGCCACCAAGGCCAUCACUGAAAUGAACCAAAGAAUGGUUAACAACAAACCAUUGUAUGUUGCUUUGGCUCAACGUAAGGAUGUUAGACGUUCUCAAUUGGAACAACAAAUCCAAGCCAGAAACCAAAUGAGAAUGCAAAACGCUGCUGCUGCCGGUGGUUUGCCAGGUCAAUUUAUGCCACCAAUGUUCUACGGUCAACAAGGUUUCUUCCCACCAAACGGUAGAGGUAAUGCCCCAUUCCCAGGUCCAAACCCACAAAUGAUGAUGAGAGGUAGAGGCCAACCAUUCCCAGAACAAUGGCCAAGACCAGGUCCAAACGGCCAACCAGUUCCAGUCUACGGUAUUCCACCACAAUUCCAACAAGAUUUCAACGGUCAAAAUGUUAGACCACCACAACAACAACAGCAACAACAACCAAGAGGUGGUUACUACCCAAACCGUAACCAAACCAACAAGAGAGACUUGGCUGCCAUUAUUGCUAGUGUUCCUCAAGACCAACAAAAGAGAAUCUUGGGUGAAGAAUUGUACCCAAGAAUUGUUGCUACCGGUAAGGCUCAAGAACCAGAAGCUGCUGGUAAAAUCACUGGUAUGAUGUUGGGAUUGGAAAACCAAGAAAUCUUGGAUUUAUUGGAUGAUGAUGAAUUGUUCAACAACCACUUUGAAGAUGCCUUGACUGCUUUUGAAGAAUACAAGAAAUCUGAAGGUGCUAAUGCUGGUGCUGCUCCUUCCGAAGAACAACAAGCUUAA